AUGCCAACUAAUACGUGUGGUCCACAGAUGCCUUGUACAAAAAUGCUGGAGCCUAAAAGGACGUACGAGGUGCUGCAGCAGCGCUGUGCCGAGGAUCUUAAGAAUCUGGACGAUGAGAGCUACAAUGACAUUGAAAACUUUAAACGACAUACGUGGAUGAUAUUUAGCGUCGUUGGCGGACUCAUUUACGGCUACAACGUCAGUCUGGCUGCCACUUUGCAGUACAUGCGGGACGAUCUGCAGUUGACAUUGAUGCAAGAGGAAAUAUUGAGCGCAACUGCAACUUUAAGUGACGCAUGCUCGAUGUUAAUUGGUGGAUAUCUUGCUGACCGCUUCGGGCGCAAAGCUACAGCCAUGUUCGCCUGCUCUUGCUCUAUUGUGGGGGCACUCUUGGCUGGUGGUGCAAGUAGCAGCUUCUCGUGGAUGGUGGUAUGGCGUUUAUUUUCGGGGGUAGGAAAUGGUUUGUCCAUCCUCCUGCUUCCCAUGUAUAUUAGCGAGUGCGUGAAUGCUACUAAUCGAGGCGCAUUUCUCACACUUUUUCAACUUGGGUAA